CAUAUUUUUCUUUAUCUUUCAUCAUUCCACUUUCUCUCUCCCUAUUAUUGUGUGUGUUGAAAAAUCCACUGUCACGUAACAUUAAUAAAACUCUUUUUUAAAAGUAGAUAGAAAUCCAAAAUAGGUUUCAGGCGCGUAACAGAGUAAAAGACGCGGUAAACUAUCUUGUUGCGCAGUAGCAAUAAAAGUGGCUUACCCUUGCUCGAAACGCACUCGCUCCUCCUUGCUGUCAUUCCUGAACAGCGUCACACACAAUCACCUCAAUCGAAUAAUUAAUUCCGAUUCUAUUUGAUUCGAUUAUGCUACCCCCCUGCAACAGCAGCAACAGCUUCAUACUCGUUCCGUCGAAUUCAGUAGAACCCAUUCAUCCCAACAUGGUUCUAGUAUGAGAUUGCUUGCGAUGAUUCUUUUCAACCUCUUAUUUCUCUUAACUCUCGCCCUCGUCGUUUUAUUAUCGAUUCGGGCGAUGGUGUUAGAAACGGCCAUCAAGAAGCUAUGGAGAAUCAUCCAAGAUUGGUUCCACGUGUACCAGUUCUUAAAAGUGCCAGAACUAAACGAAACUAUGCAGCACAAUCACCUCUACAGAAAGGUCUCCCUCUACUUGCAUUCCCUGCCUUCCAUCGAAGACUCAGACUUCGCCCACCUCAUCACAGUGAAGAAGCAAAACGACAUCGUUCUCUGCCUCGGUCCUAAUCAAACAAUCGAGGACCGUUUUCUCGGAGCCACCGUCUUCUGGUUCAACGAAACCGGCGACGAAAGACCCGAACCUAACAGUACCAGCACCAGAACCAGAGCCAGAACCAGAACCUUCGUUCUCAAGAUAAGAAAGGUGGAUAAGCGCCGAAUCCUUCGCCCUUAUCUUCAACACAUUCAUGCAGUUGCCGACGAAAUCGAGCAGCAAGGGAACCGUGAUUUGCGCCUCUACAUGAACGCCGACUCCUUCGGACGGUGGAGAUCCAUUCCUUUUACCCACCCGUCCACGCUCGACACCAUCGCCAUGGAACCCGAUCUCAAGAACAGAGUCAAGACCGAUCUCGAAUCUUUCCUCAAAGCCAAACAAUACUACCACCGGUUGGGCCGGGCCUGGAAACGGAGCUUCCUCUUGUAUGGUCCCUCCGGUACCGGAAAAUCGAGCUUCGUCGCCGCCAUGGCCAAUUUCCUCUGCUACGACGUGUACGACGUCGAUCUGUCUAAGGUUCCAAGCGAUUCGGAUCUCAAAUUCCUCCUCCUCCAAACGACGCCGAAAUCGAUCGUGGUCAUCGAGGACCUGGACCGUUUCCUUGCGGAGAAAUCGAACAGGGGAGUGAGCUUGUCUGGGAUACUGAACUUCAUGGACGGAAUUUUGAGCUCGUGCUGCGGCGAAGAGAGGGUUAUGGUGUUCACGAUGAACAGCAAGGAUCACGUGGAUCCGAACUUGCUUCGGCCGGGUCGGGUGGAUGUCCAUAUCCAUUUCCCGCUUUGCGAUUUCUCGGCGUUCAAGACGCUUGCGAGUAGCUACCUUGGCGUGAAGGACCACAAGCUGUUCCCUCAGGUGCAGGAGAUCUUUCAGAACGGGGCGAGUUUGAGCCCCGCCGAAAUCGGUGAGUUGAUGAUAGCGAACCGUAACUCGCCGAGUCGGGCCAUUAAAUCGGUCAUCACCGCCUUGCAAACGGACGGCGAUGGCAGGGGGUGCGGGAUGAUCGGACGGCGUACGGGGGAUGAUGUAUUGGAUGAACCCGAUGAUGUGCUAUGCGGUGAGGGUCUCCAUUCAGUUAAGGAUUUGCGGAAAAUGCACGGUUUUUUCAGAUUGAGGGUUGCCAGAAGAUCUCCGUCGUCCAAUAGUUCCUUGGCAAGCCCGUUGCGUUGAACGACGAUUGCAUUGGAGGACACGUGUGCAGUGUUCUUGAUUGCUCCUGUUCGGGGGAAGACUCUAUCAAAAUGUGUCAAUUUGGAGGCAACCCUUCUUUGUCCAUAGCCAUAUUUGUCAUGCAUUUAUUCAUUGGAUCCAAAAUUGAUGCGCUCUUAAAAGUGUGUUCAUUUUUAUCCUAGUGAUUAGUGUGGGAAUUCAUAUCAUUAGAAAUAGAUUGAUAACCGCUUAUAGGAAAAGAAUUUGCAUAGACAAAAGAAAAUUAUCCUGUAGAGUUGUU